UUGUAAUCGUAGUCGCUUAAUCAUGGCCCGUCUUUAUCGUGCUCGUUUAUUUACACAGCGCGACAGCAAGACGUGUGGCACAUGCGGAUAUAAAUUCUUGAUAUAACCCAAGCUUUCAAAAAUUUCAGAGUCUUUUGUAUAGAUCCAUAUCACACUAUUCUAUUGAGAUCCACACUCUGCAUAGCAAUUCGGUUGCAUAUCGUUACAAAGUUCACAUCCACACGUUCGAAGCAAAACAUGUUUGUCCUUACAGGCUCAACUGGUGGCAUUGGCCGCUCUGCCCUUCAGACAAUCUUGGAUAAAAAACUCAUUCCGGUUUCGCAACUCCGGCUCUCGUCUUACAACACAUCCGCCAUACCUGCCACAAUUGUGAACACGGGCGUUGAGAUUCGCAAGGGCAACCUUUACGAACCACCAACAUUAGAGGAAUCUUAUUCUGGUGCUGACGUCUUGUUCCUUGUGUCAUUCCCAUCGAUGGGCGAGGAACGCUUUACCUUGCAUCGCAAUGCUAUCGACGCGGCCAAGGCAGUCGGCGUCCGCCAUGUGAUCUAUACUUCACUCUCAUUCUGCGGUGGUGCGGAAGGAACUUCUAGUGUUGCACAAGUUGCUCAAGCUCAUCUCCAGACCGAGUCUUACUUAAAAGCAAGUGGACUCACGUAUACGAUCCUUCGUAUGGCAUCCUACACACAUCUCUGGAAUAACUUUGCUGGUUUCUUAAAUCUGAGUGGCGACCCUGAGGCCACUCUGGAGGCUGUGAUGCCGAAUGACGGGCUUGAACAUUGGGCCGAUCGCAGUGAACUUGGCGAGGCUGCAGGCUAUAUCAUUGCCAACUGGCAAGAGUACAUAAACAAGAUAAUCAACUUGACUGGCCCUGAGCUCUUGUCAGGGGCGGAUAUCAUUGAGAAGUUUAUGAAGCAUACCGGCAGAAAAGUCAAUGUGCGCGUACUACCUAUUCAGGAGGCAAUCAAGUGGCACAUACAGAAUGGGAGCGUGCCUCCGGAGCAGGAAAGCUUCCUUGACAACUGGGCCAGUUGGCAUACCGCAAUUUCUCAAGGUGAAAAGGCUUUUCUGGACCCUACGCUGGAGAAGUUAUUGGGCCGAGAGCCAAAGACAGUUGAUGACCAAGCCGAUGAAAUUUUUGCAGUGUCUAAUGAGUUGGAUACUAAAGAUCUCGUUGGUAUUUAGAUUUGACUUGACUGGGAAAGAUUGCCAAGGUGAAACAAUGAAGGCUGGGGUUGGG